AAAAGAUGAAGAAAAGAAGAUUCUAGCAUGCACUAUCAAAUGAUAAAAAGAAACGGUAAAAACUAUGUUUUUAACUGUCAGAUUCACUAUAUAAACCACGGCGACGACAAGUGGUAUCUCAUCAACCAAAACAAAACAUAAAAAACAAGUGGAAGCUUUAAAACGAGAGGGAGAGAGCAAAAAUGGCGACGUCGGGAACGUACGUGACGGAAGUUCCGCUAAAAGGAUCGGCCGAGAAAUACUACAAGAGGUGGAAGAACGAGAACCAUGUCUUCCCUGAUGCUAUCGGCCACCACAUCCAAAAUGUUACCGUUCACGAAGGCGAACAUGACUCUCACGGGUCUAUCAGGAGUUGGAACUACACAUGGGAUGGAAAGGAGGAGGUGUUCAAGGAGAGAAGAGAGAUAGACGAUGAGACCAAAACGUUGACGUUAAGAGGACUUGAGGGUCACGUGAUGGAGCAGCUCAAAGUGUACGACGUCGUCUACCAAUUCAUUCCCAAAUCUGAGGAUACCUGCAUCGGCAAAAUCACUUUAAUAUGGGAGAAGCGCAACGAUGAUUCCCCAGAACCAAGCGGGUACAUGAAAUUCGUCAAGAGCUUGGUUGCUGACAUGGGAAACCACGUUAGCAAAACUUAAUCAUCAUUCCCACAGUCGUCGUCGUCAUCAUCAUCAUCAUCAUCAUCACUAUCUCGAUUUAUAAGUUAUGAUGUUUUCAGUAUAAUAAAUGGGGUCUUGUGGAUCGUUAAUUUCUAUGUGUAAACCGUUUGGUUCUGUAUGAUGCUUCGAUAUAUUGUUAUGUUCAUGAUCAUAUGUCGGGUUCGAUAUAAUGAUUCUUAAGAUUAAUUUACUACACAUUUCAGAUUUUCAGUGUUUAUCUAUAAUUUAUGACUUUUCAUAUACGGAUUACUAAACAUCUAA